CGCAACUCUUGAUUCAUUAUUCAUACUUCCGACAACAUUGCUAUGGCUCAACCUGUUCCCGGUGAGGAAGGCAUGGGUCCUUUGGAAAAGGGUCGCCGCCGAUACCAAAAGAAGGAUUUCCCAGCAGCUUUGUUCGCUUUCACCGAUGUAGGUCAUCAUCGAUUCCGUUCCGCGACUAUAUUUUCUUACGCUUCAUAAUAAGGCAGUGAAUAUAAGCACUUCGCAUAUCUUGAUGACGGCUCUGGAUCAUCGAGCCGCCACCUAUGAAAAGCUGGAGCAGUUACAACCAGCCCUUCGAGAUGCGAAAAGGAUGAUUGAUCUGAUGCCGGACACGUCAAAGGUUGGCCUCACUAUUUCUCAUUCUAUAUGUUUGAUACUAAUGAUAUAAAGGGGUACCUCCGAUGCGGCAAAAUCUUGAAACUUCAAGGGCAAAAUGCUCUUGCUUUGAAAAUCUACGAACGUGGUCUGAAAAAGGUCAAGAUUGGAAGUGAUGACGAUCGAACGGUAAGAAUUAAAUGACUAAUCCUAUUAUUCCUAGCUAAACAUGAACAAGCUUCUUCAAUCGAUGUUUAACGCAUUGAAGCGUGCACAAGAACCAGAAAAGAAUCUCGAUCCUUUACAAUUUCUGCCUCUUGAGCUUGCACAGCUAGUCUGUCAUCAUCUCAGUAUGAGAGACAGAGUGUGAGUGCUUUGAUUUCAAACUAGGCCAAAAUACUAAUUUUUUGCAAGAAUUUGCCUGGCGGUCUCACGAUCUUGGAAACGACUACUUGAGUCAUCCCACAAACUGUGGACUACAUUGGAUACUACAUCCGCUCGCAAGCCCAUCAGUCUCAGGUCCAUCAAAGCCCACCUUAAGAGGUCGAAUUAUACGCUCGAACGUGUAGUGAUCACCAUGAAAGCGCGUCUCGAUUCAGAGAAAAUAGGAUAUCUCACCAAAACGUGCAAGAGUCUUCGCUUAUUGGAAAUGAAUGGCAGUGGUGCUAUAGGCACCUCGCUUAUUUUUGCAUUGCCAAGAGCUAAAAGCUUAGAGUCCAUUGCUGUGUCUAGGAAUACUGAGAUUACUAUGACUGAUGUACAGGCAGCUUUGAGAUGCUGCCAAGCGACGUUACUUGAAGCCAAGUUUCUACAAAUAGGUGGUCAUUUUCAGGUCAGCAAUAGCUUGGGUUUUCCCAGGCUCGAAAAGCUUCAGACGCUUGUUUUGUGUGUUGCCAAUAGACAUAUGAAUAGCAGUCGGGAUACGAGUCCCGUAAGUUCUUUUAUUUCCAUUGCCCUAAGAUCCUGUCUGUCAACACAGCUGACAUCAUUUAAGUCUGUAAUCAUAGAAGCUUGUCCAAAUCUAGUUUCACUGACGUUGAGUGGAUGGGAUUGCUCCUCUUCUGGAAUUGGGGGACUUGCGUUACGGAACGGGUUACGAGAGCUGGAUCUUUCAAACACGCUUCUCAGGAUCUUUCCCCAGCUUCCACCAACCAUUACUCGUUUGAUACUAAAAGGUAAUCCACUACUGAAAGACGCAGACCUGGAAGUGGACGAACUCACCGAAUCCGAUUAUUUCCUUCCCCUGCUUGAAGAGUUCAACUGCGAGGGCACUGAUAUUAGUGAUAAAUUCAUCAUGAGGAUAACCCAGCCUUCAAUUGAGCGCAAGAACCUACGUAUCCUCCUGAUUGGACGUCGAUUGAGCGUGCUUCUUCCUGACCCAAGCCGUGUGGCUGAACGAAUGUAUCCAACCUCAACUACUGUCCAACACCUGUCUUUGGCGAGCCUGCAGGAACCAGAGAACCACAUCAUAGAAGCAGUAAAGCUAUUCCCAAACCUGCAAAAGCUCGAUGUGUCCUUGACAAAGAUCACGGGCGUUGCUGUGAAGAUGUUCGUCAAAAUGGGAAUAGAGAGACUCGUAUUAAACGAGUGUGACCACGUCUCCGGUGAUGCCGUGGACUGGGCACGAGGUCAAGGGGUAGAAGUCGAGUACAACUUUCCAAGUCGAGUUGAAGGCUCAAGGUCAGGCUGGAGGAACGCCAUUAGCUGAGGCUUAUAGAUGAGAAGCGAGGAUAUCUGAUAGGAUAAUAUUCAUACAAUUUUGAGUCUCAAUGCUCAAGGACCCCCCUUUGAAACCUGCGGAUUUUUACAAUGUGCAGAUCACGCACAUAUUAUAGAUCUCUUGAGCGUACUCCAAAGAGGUUGGUUACGGAAAUAGUGGUCGUUUUCAGUAUAUCUUCACCAAAGAGUGUAAAAUAAUUGUACAUAUCAGGACUAUGAGACUUGGUCAUCGCUCUGCGUGCGAUUACAAAUAUAAGGAAACAUUGUG